AGUGACAGUCUGCGACCGGAGCCGUUCCUCCAGAACAUGUCCCACCCCAAGGAUGCCCUUCUUCCUAGGUCGAAGAAGUCAUCGAACUCGGUCAUUGCUUGGAUGGACAAUUAUGACGACGCUGUGUUCCAUGCCUUGCCAAAGCGCCGUCAACCUCGCAAGACUAUGAAGAAGAAGCGAACUAGCGAACCGGAGGUGCAGGUUUCCAAUGCGCACGAACGGCUCUCCGCUCGGUCCGUGACGCGACUACGCGAGAACGAGAACAAUGCCAGCGAACGUGUACAUUCCGUUGACUCUGCACCUUGGAUGAUCAAACCACCAAUUCCUCUGCAGAAGAGUCUGGCUGCGACAAAGGCCCCUUCGCCCAAGAAGCCGGCGCUGAAAGUCCCAUCUGCCACCAGAAUGCCUCGAAUAUCGCGAACGAUCAGUUUCGCUCUGCGGGGGCUGACCUCUAUCGCGCCGAGGGCUCAAGCGAGUACGGAAGUCAAUGUGGAGCAUGCUAGAGGCCAGCCGACUCAGAAUGCGAAAAAAGUCUCCGGGAUGCUCGCAGAAUCGAGGAGUGUGGAAUCAUUGAGCACGUCGGACUCAGCAUCUACGAAAACCGUGAUCGACUUGUCCGUAACGCCUAGCUCGUCGAACACACCGCAAAAGUCGGCACAGGGCUCAACAGCCACGCCAACAAAGCCGAUCUCGAUCAAGGCCCCUCAGAAACAAUCCUCUGAAGAUGCAGCGCACCAGGAGCGCUCUGUGGUCCCGGAGUCUUACUCGACCACAGCAACCGAGAUCCCGAUCAUCGACGAUUCACGCCAUGAGAGUCAGGUUCGACGGUCGAAUCCCCGGGUCACUUUGACGGUGAACGGGGGCUUGCGCGACACUCCUCCUAAAAACCCAUUAAGCACGGCACUGGCUCCUUGGGUCCGCUCUAUCAACCCGUGCAACACCUCAAAAGAGGUCAUGCGAGACACCAGUUGGUUCGGGCGCUGGCAACAUGCAUAUCCCCGCCCUCCUCAUGUGGCCGUCGUUAAAUGGAAGAGUUUGAAAUCCCCUGCCAUUCUGCCUCUGACCACGGAAGAAUUCCCCACGGCGAGCGAGCUGGCCUCGGACUACUUCCAAACGCCGUAUCGUGUCUUCCCGAACGAGGAUGCGGAAGGCAUCGAGCCCCCGAAGACACGAGGUGUGCUUCUUCGAGAGAUGAUCUCCUUGCGUCUUUCGCAUGGCUUUCAGAUCGUUGUUGGGAAAGCGGUUGUCGAAGCGUCGGGACACUAUGCUCUUGAUUCGCCCAAUGUCUUUGACACGCGUGGACUGGAACGAGAUGGCGCUACUGUCUUUCUGUCUAAGGGAAAUAUGAUCCAUCGGUUGAUUUGUGUGGAAGGCGCAGAAAUCGAAGUCACGCGCUACACACAUCGUAACUCUUCCAUUCUGGCAUCGGAACAAUCAGAUGACUUCAGCAUGUACUCACCGGCAAUGCGGACAAUUUUAAGUCCCCAGUACGAAGUCAAGAACAUCAGACUGGAUUCGAAGCUCGAGGAGUACAACUGGAACUACGCGGACAACUACGUGGCCGGCCAUCGGGAUUACCUCCUCAACCCGUCUCAACAGCUCCACUUCUGGCGUGUCCGCUAUGUCCUGAUUCCAAUGCACAUGCAUGUGAACUGCCGACGUCACAUACAGUCUUUCAACGAGGACAAUGAGGAAGAGAUUCACCUGCUGGGGAUCAAUCAGCUCACGCGGAUAUGGCAACGCCACAAGUACAUCCCACCGGAGGAGAAGCUGUUCGAUGCUUCGAAUGGGAAAAAGGCCGAGAACCCGCUCAACAUCAUCUACCAUACCCAGAACUCGUCGGAGGUUGUCGCCGCAGAACUGGACCGGAUACAACUCACAGACCCCAGUGUAGACAGCGUGCCUGCCCAGCUGUUGCCCGAGUCAGAGCAGUUCGAGCGUUCCAGCAUCACGUUGUCGACCUUGGCCCAGGCUAUUCAGGGUGAAAAGGGCAUACGGAUGCAGGAUCGACGGUGGCACUGGCGCCUGCACUACAGUUGCUUCAUCGGGUUUGAACUCACCACCUGGCUCAUUCAAACUUUCCGGGAUAUCGACACCCGCGAAGAAGCCGUGGAGUUUGGUAACGAGCUGUUGAAGCACGGACUCUUCAAUCAUGUCGAGCGGAGACACAACUUCCGGGAUGGGAACUAUUUCUAUCAGCUCUCGAGCGAUUACCGCCCGCAUCGCCCGGAGUCUCGGGGCGGUUGGUUCCCGCAGAUCCGACCGGACAAAGCGACGCCCUCGACCAUUGCUGCCGACCACUCGAGCAAUCAUUCUCGCGCGGAGUCUCGUUCCGAAUCUCGCUCCGAGUCGCGGUCAGAGAGCGUGGAUGAAGGCAUACCUCAAGUGCCCAACAUGCCGUCCAAAGCGAAGAACAAGGCCACGAUUAUGCUGUCGAAGAAGAUGAAGUACGACGUAGACCCCCGUCGUCGAUCGAAUCGCCCCGAAGUGAUUGACCUCCACUACGACCGACUGCAUAACCCGGACAACUGCUUCCACAUCGAGCUCAGCUGGAUGGGCACGACCGCCAAACUGAUCGAAGACACGGUGUUAUCGUGGGCUGCGACCGCGGAGAAGUUCGGCCUCAAGCUCGUCCAGGUCCCGAUCGCCGAAGUUUGCGCGAUCGACCAGAUGCAGCCAUUCCGCAAACCAUACCGCGUGCGACUCAAGGUACCGCCCCCGCGAGGCCCGGUCCCGGUCCCCUACAACCCCAACCCCUCGGCGUCUUUGUCGAUGCAGACUCCCGGGCCCGACCCCCUCUACUUCCAGAAAGCGCUGCUGCGCAAAUUCGAUUUCGUCCUCGACUUCGAAGCCCGGUCGGCAUUCCCCGCGGACGUCGAAGUUUCCUACUCCUGGGGCAUCCCGGACUACCGGUACCCGCAAUUCAUCCACCGUUCCGGCAGCCUCCUGGCUCAGAUCACCGACGACGGCGACUUCCUGUUCCUGGCCAACCGCCUGGUCAGCACGCGCAGCACCGCCAGCCGCGACCUGCCGCGCAUGGAGCGGAUCGAGCGCGCGGAACAGUACCGGGCGCGCGCCGGCACGUACGACCCGAUGAGCGCCGACCGCGGCGCAUCCUGCUCCCCGCGUCUCUCGCCCAUGGUCCGUCCGAUCCACGACCUGAGUGCCUUGAACCUCAGCAGCAGCAACAUCAACGCCAACGUCAACGGCAGCGCCGUCAUUGGUAACGGCAGCAGCAGCAUGAGCACCAGCAACGGGGUAGUGAACGGCAGCGGCAGCAUCAAUCCCCCCACCACCACCACCGUCCCGAGUAAUCCGCUCGGCCCGCCAGGCCAGCAGCCUAACAUCGACUCAUCCAACCUCUACCGCGCGCCCGAGCACAUCCUCAACAGCCUCGUCGAGUUCUGUCAUGAUCCGAUCCGCCUGCAGCAGUUCUACAAGGAGUCGCACGCCCGCCCGGUUUCGACGCGCGUCGCGCCCACCAACCCCCCGAUUGAGAUCCCCUCGCUCGAGCUGCCCGAUAGCGUCGUCGGCCAGCCGCAGCACCAUCUCCCUCCGGGCUUGCCGCAGCGCAUUCACUCCAGUACGGUGUUGUUGACGUCGACAGAGGCGCGGGCGCGGUCGCGCGAUGAGGGCAGUAAUUUGGUGAGGGGGAGUCCACGGAGUGGGAGUUUGAGGCCGUUGAUGUGAGCGACUGAGGGAGC